AGCGAUAAUGUGCGCGCUCGUUAGAUGCAGUUAAUAGUGUUCGUUGAAUCAGCCUUCUCAGUACCGACGAUCAGGAAGCUGUAGGAUUACUAGUAUCUACCCGUUGACUGAGAGGUAAACAGCAAUCAGUUAACGAGCAGAUCCAAAUGAAGUGUGUGUUCCUACCGGUGGCGCUGUCGUUGUGUGUUACCAUGGGAGUCUGCUCGAUAACGUUCAACACACAAAGAUACGUUGUCAACCCCAUGAACUUCGGCUUUGAUAUUCGUGGCAAGGACUGGAUCACGUACAAAAUCAUGGCGUGUAUGGACUUCAACAUCAGACUGUACUUCCGUGAACAAGUGAUGUACAGAAUGUUACUCGGGGGAUGGUUCGACACUAAAAGCCGAUUCUAUGCAUUUGGGGCAACUGUAGACGUCUUUGGGCCGGUCUUAAACUGCACUGGCUAUCGUCAGUUUUGGACCUCUUGGGAAGAUGGGCAUUUCAAAAUUGGUCGGGGCGAGGUGAAGGACGCAGACAUUCUCUACGUUGAUACUGCUCACAUUAUUCCCGGUGUCGACAGUUUAACUGUGAACGCCCCAAGCGCUAAAUGGAUUUUUGAGUAUGACAACUGUACGGGACCCCCUGACAUAGAGAGGAUGGACGGUGUGAGAUAUCAAGGCGGUUUUCUACUGAAGGCCUACUCUGACGUCUCUGGGGCCUUCUGCGUCACGGAGUGCGUCAUCCGCAACAGAUGCUUCAGCCUCAGCUUCAACAGAGCCGACAAUGAGUGUGAACUAUUCACUACCCCUAUCAACACUACAGACGUAUCAUCAGCCACAGGCUGGGAGACGUAUAUCUUCACCGACAUCAAGUUAUAUUAUUAAAUUAUGGAGUUAAUUGUAAUUGUUAAUUUCAUAUUUGCGGGUUUUAAUGGGUAUUCGAUGUUCGGAAAUGUGGAGUGAGUGAGUGAGUGAGUUGGGUUUAACGCCGCUUUUAACAGUAGCCAGUGAUGUAGGUCACAGACGUUUACCACCCGUCAAUUGUGAAAC